CCGGCGCGCGCCUCCUCUUCCGCCGCCGUCCCCGCGAUCCUGGACCCAGAUCCAGAUCCAGAUCCAGAUCCAGCCCCAGCCCCAGCCCCGGCCCCAGCCCCAGCCCCAGCCCCGGCCUGGCAGCCCCGGCGUCGCUUCGGAGCGCGGUGGCAGCUGACUGCGCGUUCACGACCCGCUGGGAGCCGCGAGCCCCGCCGCCGUUAUGAACAUCCGCAAUGCAAGGCCAGAGGACCUGAUGAACAUGCAGCACUGCAACCUCCUGUGCCUGCCCGAGAACUACCAGAUGAAAUAUUAUUUCUACCAUGGCCUUUCCUGGCCCCAGCUCUCUUACAUCGCUGAGGAUGAGAAUGGGAAGAUUGUGGGGUAUGUCCUGGCCAAAAUGGAAGAGGACCCGGACGACGUGCCCCAUGGACACAUCACCUCGCUGGCUGUGAAGCGUUCCCACCGGCGCCUUGGCCUGGCUCAGAAGCUGAUGGACCAGGCCUCCCGAGCCAUGAUCGAGAACUUCAAUGCCAAAUACGUCUCUCUGCAUGUCAGGAAGAGCAGGUUCUUAUCAGUUAUCUAUUUUAUACAUAUUCGUGUAUAUAUGUCAAUCCCAAUCUCCCAAUUCAUCCCACCACCACCAGCGGGGAUACUGCCUCGAUGUGGAUCCUGGGCUGCCUUGGCUUUUGGAGAAGAUCGGGAAGUGGGCUUAGUGGGGAGGGGGACCGGGAGGAGGGGCAGGACCUGGACGUGCUGUCCCUGCCUGGCCUCGUCUGUACAGCUCAGCAGUGCCUUAUUCCCCUGCAGUAACCGGGCCGCUCUGCACCUCUAUUCCAACACCCUCAACUUUCAGAUCAGCGAAGUGGAGCCCAAAUACUAUGCAGAUGGAGAAGACGCAUACGCGAUGAAGCGGGAUCUCACCCAGAUGGCCGAUGAGCUGAGGCGGCACCUGGAGCUGAAGGAGAAGGCCAGGCACGUGGUGCUGGGCUCCAUCGAGAACAAGGUGGAGGGCAAGGGCAACUCGCUUCCGAGCUCGGGAGAGGCCAGUCGUGAGGAAAAGGGCCUGGCUGCGGAGGAUAGCGGUGGAGACAGCAAAGACCUCAGUGAGGUCAGCGAGACCACAGAGAGCACCGAUGUCAAGGACAGCUCAGAGGCCUCUGACUCAGCCUCCUAGAGCCUGCACAUGCUUCUCUCCCUGCCCUGGCCUGCCCAUCCCAUCCUCACCCCGAGAGGUUUCACAAUAAACUUCACCCAGUGGCCUUGGGGAGUUUA